CUGCAGCCACUCUAGACCACCAUAUGACUUUUUCUGGACGCGAAAAUUACAGAAUUACAGAAUAAGCCAAUAAAAAAUAAAAUACCGAAUCGCAUCGAUGUGGUAGUCAACAGUGCAAUGGCGGGUAUGGAGGUAGAAUUUGACGAGACAGUGGUAAAUCAGUUUAGCUGUAAGCGCUGCGACCGCACCUUCAAGAGCAAGCGGGACCAGACGCUGCACCGGCAGGAGGUGCACAACCACAACAAGACUACCUAUGAGUGCAAGCUGUGUGCCAAGAGCUUCUGCAACUCAGGAAAUCUCGAUCGCCACAUGAAGGUGCACAACGAUGUGCGUCCUUUUGUGUGCAAUAUUUGCUCGAAGGCUUUUGCCCAGGCAGUAAACUUGCAACGGCACUAUGCCGUACACAGUGGCGAGCGUCCGUUCACCUGUAACUUCUGCAACAAGUCCUUCACCCAGCAGAGCAACAUGAAACGCCACAAGAUGACACACACUGGUGAGAAGCCGUUCCGAUGCCAGCGUUGCGGAAGGUACUUCUCCCAACUGGUCAACCUCAAGAAGCAUAAGCUGGGCCACCUCAAUGCCAAGCCUUACCAGUGCAAUUACUGCGAAAAGGGCCUAACCCAGCUCUCUAACUUCAAGCGUCACCUGCAAUCGCACAUCAAGGAUGGCGUCGAUGUCGAUGUCGCAGGCUCCAUCCAGGCGGCGGUCGCCCUUGCCAGGGAACGCCUUGAAGCGGAGCAGAAACCAAGCUUUUUUGAGUGCAUGGUGUGUCGAGCCAUCUUUGACACUUUCGCCGACUACGAGAAGCACGAGACCAAGUGCCAUGAGGAUCACGAGCGGGCCCAGCUGGAAGUGAAUCAAAUGUCCCACAUGCACCCAGACGACUAUUUGCCGAUGAAGUUCGCCGUGCCCGAUCUGGACACGCACGAGAUCAUUAUUGAGACUACACAUUAGAAAUUGCGAUAAAACACAAAGCUACAUUAAAAUCCACUCACACCUAAA